AUGUCGUCUUCAAGAAAUAACACGAAACGGCAACGCCUGGGCAACAGAGCCUCGAAUAUCCAGGGUGGGCGUCAGCCAUUAUCAGAACAACAACGACAAGCCAGCAAACAGUUCUACGACCCUGACCAGGAUACAGCUGAAAGACGAAGAGUACGCAAGGGACUUCGGGAUCUCACGCGAGAGUUGAAUGAUUCUAGGAAUGAAUACCUACAGGCCGGAAAUACUGGUAUUAAGGAUACCAUACUAAAAGCAAACGAGUACUUUCAAGAUGUCAAGCAAACUUCGGACGCAACAAUCGACUCUCGUCUUCUGGUAAAUGCCGCGGACUUGUCAUAUAAGAAAACUGCGACGUUAGUACUGGGCGACGCAGGUGCGGGGAUCGAUGUUGACGAAUUCGUUUCGAAAUGUAUCUCGUUUAUGCGCGCCGGUCCGCAAGACCCGAAUGCCUCGAUUAGCAGCACCCAACGCCGCCGUGCUCCGCGAAGGACUCAGGCAGACCCUGAUAAUAGCGACGAGGAGGACGGAGACGGAAUGAACUGGGAUUGGCUUGGGCGUUCUGCCUGUUUUCGCCAUAGCGCCAGGCCUGCGGUCUCUGGGUUCCUUCUUGGACCGCUAUCGGUACAAAAGCGCACCCGCCAAAUAGCACAGCGAAGAGCAAGGGAGCGCAUUGAUCCAUCUCAGGCGGUCCGACCGCAGGAACUCAGAGAGGAGGAUUUAGAUAAGCAAGAGUCAUCUAACCUUACGGCUAUGUGCACCAACAUAAACAAACUGCUGGGUGAGACGCAAGACAAUGCGGAAGCCGCUGUUACCGAGACUCUGGAGCAAAUAGGGGAGCCUACAGAUGAGCAAGUUCAAGCUGUGAUGGCCAAGCAUCAUAUCGCUGAUGAUGCUGGCGUGCCGUUAUUCAAGUUCUGCAUUAACCCCAAAUCAUUCGGACAGUCCGUGGAAAACCUGUUCUAUCUGAGCUUCCUGGUCCGGGACGGAACAGUUGGAAUUUCGACCGAUAGCAGAGGUUUGCCAACAUUGCAUCCGUCAAAGCCCUAUGCGCCUAGUGAAGCCCAGAAACAAGGCAUUCAGAAGCGGCAGUCCGUAUUCAGCCUCGACUUUGAUACAUGGAAGGAUGUGAUCGAGGCGUAUAACAUCGAUGAAUGCAUUAUUCCUCAUCGCCAAGAGGAGCAGCAUGACACAUCGCGAGGAUGGUAUGGCUAG